AUGCAAAUUCGCAGUCCACAGCAUCUGACUAGCAAUAUCGACAUUGUCGAUAGAGCCGCCUCAUUUGGCCACCCUGAAAACCAUAUGCGUGGAGCACUGGUCUCUAUCGACUUAGAUUGCCCUGCAGACUUUUUUUUCGGUCGCAAGGAUCUUGUUGCCAAAUUCAGCUUGUGUUUCACAACACAAAUUCAGGGCGGAUUUCACAAGCCCAUUGCGAUCCAACAUGCGGAAGUCGGUUACUUUAGAACUGACAACGAUAUCAAGAAACUGGUACAGGGUGUGAAGCUUCCUCUGCUGAAAAUAUCAGGAGCUUUUAACAAGGGUGAUGCCGAUAACAAGGGCGAAGCCGGUAACAAAGGUGAAGCCGGUAACAAGGGUGAAGCCGGUAACAAGGGUGAAGCCGAUAUCGAAAUCCAUCAGUCAAAUGGUUCUGGAAGCGAUGGUUCUUGCAGUAUCAGAAUUGUAGCCCUCUUGGACGCGUAUCCGUCCAACAUGGAAGUGUCUGCAUCUUUAUCUACGUAUAUUUCAUCUACUGUAGAAGGUCAUAUCCGACACAGCCGCACCUUCACUAGCUCUACCGAUCCUCGUGUGGCUCCAUUUCCGAAUGAAGAAAGGCUUCAAAGGCUUUUAUGUUGGACUGCGGCUCUUGGUUAUGAGAAGUUGUUUGGGGCAUAUCUUGACCAAGGGCCUUCCAUGCUUGAUAUGGAAGAUGAGUUUGGGAUGACACCCUUAUCAUGUGCGGCAUUUGCUGGAAAGAUUUUAGUGAUCCAACUGGCUCUGCAACAAGGUGGCUGCGACAGAGCUAGAAAAAAGACUGGUCGGGGACAUUCGCCUCUCGAAGCUGCUGCGAGCCGAAAAGAUGCAAGCAUAUUCGAAUCGUUUCUUAAAUUGCUCAAAUAUUUCGAGGAAUUAGGUAGUGCGACUCCACCUGCCAAGAUUCCUCAGCUUGAAGACAUGCAUAGCCUCGACGUUAGCGACAUCCAAAAGGAGCUCAAUUUGGCUGUAGUUGAUGAGCAGACAGCGACUGUCCGAAAUUUAGUCGAAAUGCCCCUUGAUCUUCAAAAUAAUAGAGAGAAUUGGCUGGCCGACCAAAUGGUGCAGGCAGCAAAGAAGGGAGGCCUCUGUCUUGUUCAAGUUUUGAAAUCCUGCGGGGCGGAAGUCGACGCCGAGGCUUAUGCAGACAAGGACCGUGGGAAUGAAGAGAGGACCACACCACUUAUGAUUGCAAUAGCGCAUGAUCGAAUAGCAGUUGCGGAGUUCCUUAUCAGUCACGGUGCUGGUAACGAAGAUGCACUACGAGCUGCUGUUGAGAGAAAACAACAUACGACGAUUCGAGCAUUGUUACAAGCUGGGGUGCGAGUGAAAGGAAAAUUGAAAACGGAUUUGCGUGCUAAGGCAGUCGAAAAGAAGGACUCGACAACUCUUAUGUUACUGAAGGUAGAAAAAGGUACUGGGAAGCUAGCAACCUCUGUUCAAUUGGAUAAAAAUGUCGAUCGACACUUUACAGCAACAGUGGUUGACUUUACGGAAGAUAAAGAUCCGGACUUCAAGGAGCUUACUGUAGCCGAUUUGAUGGGAAGGUCGACCUCCUUUUUUUCAGUAGGCGAAAAGUCCAAGUUUAAGUGGAUUCAUUUGCCGGCAAACAAUAUGAAAUGGGUCGAGGCUUUGAUUGGCAAGAUAUACCAUUACGAUCCCUCAUUAGUUUAUAAAGUUCUGGAGCCAAAACGAUGGGUCAAAAGGCAGCAUAAGGGAGAGAGCGACUCUCCACAUGCACGAUUCAUGCUGCCAGCAUGUCACGACUUUUCGGAAGCCUUCAUAGACAAGACGAAGUUUGGAAACGAACAAAAAGACAAACAUGUGGUUCUAUUUAUGCCCUAUCUUCACUGGGAUGAGGAGGAUGCAAUGAAAGCAAGAACAGAAUACCUAGCGGAAAGAUCUCCUGGUACGACACUCUCAAACGGUAGGGUGUGGGAGAAUAUGCCCAAAACGGAACUGAAAUCUAAAAGAGAGGAGAUGCUUAUAAAUGAAUAUUUGCUAUCGGAUGAUAAUAGCAAUUCGAAAUCUCGCCACGUCCUUCAUAUUCGAAGGACCCUGGAUCAGUCUUUAUAUCACAAUUUAAAAGACACCAUUUUUAGGGAUGCCGAUCAAACGGUUCAUCGAUACCAGAGGGAGUUGAACAAAAAGAAGAAGAUUGAGAAACGGCAACCAUUGACGGUUAUUAUGGUGGAUCAACUUUGGAUGUGGAUUCUAGUUGGCCCGUCGGGAAAAGCCGAGGCAAUUGUCACCUGUUUUCCAUCCAGAGAUUGGUCUGAUAUCGAUCCAAGGCGUACCACUGAUGUCUUCCAGACUACAAAGGCUUACAUCCAGCACAGACCCAAUGCCAUAAACACACCUUAUGAUCUUGCAGGUGUCAUUGCCAGCAGAUGCUCAAGAGCUCUUUUAGAUCACUCAACAGACAUGCUUAACUUUGCUGAAGUCUAUGAAAAUUCCAUCAGCUACAUUAUGAACGAGGAGACGGUACUCUUCAAUAGAUUCAACAGGCUGAUGAAGACCCGCACUCAGAUGAUGAACGGGCUCAAAGAAGAGUCAAGCAGGUCGAAAAGCUCAAGUCAGCCUAAACAAGCUAACUCUUACCAAGAUUUGGCAAAAAUCAUCGUGGAAGACCAAAAAUGGCUUCAAGAACAGAGGAAACUUCCUGAGAUCUCUGUCGAUCAUUGCAAAAAGUAUCGCAAAUCUACUUUGGAGACUGAAAUUCCAAGUGUAGACGAAAUUGAGAGUUUAGGGAAGAAUAUGUCUAUUGAAGAAGGGAAGAAUAUAUCUAUUGAAGAAAAGAAGGAUCACCUGAUAAAACUGCUUGAGAAGUUUGGGCGGUUUUAUGUUCUUGAUAUAACUAGAGAGAUUACCCUUCUCAGUCAGAUCAAGGACAUUCAAGACGAGCUGGAGAUGAUGCAAAAGGUAUUCACAGAACAGAAUGAAGUUCUCAAAGCGAUGGAUCGGAUCAUUCGCACCAUGGAGCAACGCGAUUCCAACUCAAACGACAAUAUACAGCCCGCAAACUUUGACGCCAAGUUGCGCUAUCGAGGGGGUUCUAGAAGCUGGAAGAUGAAAGAAUACGACCCCGAAGAGAUUCAAGACAAAUUUAGCGACUACGACUACUCCACCAGCAUCGAUACUUUGCCUAUGGUAGCACGUAUACCGGCUUCUGAAUCGGAUUUCCGGAAGCGUACUUACUCUUACCAGAAUGCUGUCUGGGGCUUGGGCCAUCAGGAACAUAACCUUCCACUUCGUACCGUUAGUCGGCAUUCUAACCAGAUCAAAAAAAUGCUUAAGCGCGCUAAAACCACCAAUGACGCGCUGAGCAGCCUCGUCGAUUUGAAACAGAAGCAAAACAACAUUAUUGAUACGCGGACUGCCCGUAUUCAGGCCGAGCAAUCACAUUUAAUGACGCUUGAGGCUGGGAAACAGAGCAAAACACUCAUGGUGUUUACGAUUGUUACCAUCAUCUUCCUACCUUUAUCUUUCAUCGCUGCCUUUUUCGCAAUUCCUACUAAAGACUUCGACAACAACAACUUAUCAUUAGGCUUCGUAUCAAAAAUUACGUUCCCAGCAUCUGCCGGUAUAUCAAUUUUGAUCGUCGUCAUUGGAUUUUCCGCGUCCUACUGGCGAUUGGACAAGGUCACCCAUCGACUUCUCGCCAAGUUCCGCAGAAGUGGCAAACCCGACGGCGAUUCUAGCCAAAAUGAUGAUGGGCAAAACCUUCCAUACUGGCGACAAUCCUAA